AUGUCGUUCUGCGACGCCGACGGUUCCUUCGGGCCGCAGACUCAGUGUCGCGGCUUUGACUUCACAGUCGUCUUUGAGAGCAGCAUUCUUUCGUUGAUCCCCAGCGUCAUUUUCCUCAUCCUGUGCCUCGUUUUUGCACUCAAGUCGCGUCCACUGCUGUCACUCUCCUUGCGCCAUGUGAUCUUGAUCAUCCCCUUUCUGAUGCUCUUCAUUUCCUCCGUCCUCUCUCUCGCCGCCUGGCUGUCCGCCCCCGUGGUGCUCCCCUCAUCUGCGAGGUCCAAUGUAACCAGUGCCUUGGUGCUUUCACUUCUUUCCGCGAUCGCUAUACUGGCUCUCUCGCCUACGUUCGGUCGGUCGAGAUACAUCCUCUUUGUGGCAUCCCUGUACCUCGUCGUCACCUUGAUUCUCGACACCGCGCGGAUUCGGACAUUCACUAUCAUCGGCACCUCGGCCACGUCCACAUUCUUCUACGCAUCCUUUCUCGCGCAAUUUGUGUGUCGCUUCAUUGCAAUGGUCGUGCUCGCCUUCCCUUCGCUACUCUCAUCACAGGAGGCGACGCUGGAAGGAACAGGUUUUCUGUCCCACAUCUUCGUCACAUGGGCGCUCCCUCUCAUGUGGCGGGGCCGACACUCCAGCCUGGAGCUCUCGCAAUUGCCAAAACUUGAUCCAGACAUGGACACUUCCAUUCUAUACACACAGUUCGAAGCACACUGGAACAUGGAGAAGUCCAAGCACGGCCAAGACGCAUCCUUGGCUCGCGCCCUCCUGCGCGCAUUUUACCCUACCCUUCUCGGCCCUGUAGCUCCCGGAGCCCUCCGCGCGCUCGCUCAGGCCGUGCAGCCCGUGAUGGUCAACGCAAUCAUUCAGUUCCUCCAGUCCUACACGUCCUCGACCUCCGAUCGGCCCGAACCAGCACAAUGGGGAUGGGCUCUCGCCGGCGCCUUCGCCAUCGUAUUCUUGGGCCUCGCAGGCGCGACUGGUCAAUACUUUUACUACGUGUACAAGGGGGGAGCGCACGUGCGUGCCGCGCUUGUUGAGGCGAUUUACCACAAGACCCUCCGCUUCUCUGCCGACGCGCUCUCUGACGCCGCCGGUGGAGACGCCUCGAACCUCAUGAGUGUUGACAUUGAGCGCAUCACGCUCGCCAUCGAUCCGUUGCACCAACUCUGGACAUCGCUGAUCGUCAUCGCGAUCGGCCUCUACAUCCUCUGGACGCAGAUCGGCACUUCGUUCGUCGCCGCCGUGGUCGUUACCGCGGUGUGUAUGGUUGCCACCCCUCUGCUGUCAUGGCACAUCGACGACCUGCAAGAGGUGUGGUCUGCGGUGACCGACUCCCGCGUGCGCCUCAUCUCGAGCGUGCUACACCAAAUCACGGGCGUGAAGCUGUCAGCCUACGAGCCCGAAUUGGUCCGGAAGGUCGACAACGUGCGGGACAAAGAGCUCGGCGCGAUGAAGCGCUUCUGGAAGGAUCUUGCGGUCGUCGUCUGUGUCACCAACACGGCCAUGAACAUGCUCAGUCUCUUCACCCUCGGAGCCUACGCCAUCGUGUCUUUCUUAUCCCAGUCGGGCUCGUUGGACACUGCCCGACUUUUCACAUCGUACACAGUCCUCACCAUCAUCGCCGCGCCGCUCUUCUCCGUAGGGCAAAACUACGCCACCGUCCUUGCCGCGUAUAGCAGUUUAAAACGCAUCCAAUCAUUCCUCAACGCACCCGAGCGCUCCGACCUGGCGCCCACCAUCGGAGCAGUUCAAGCUGGGGAGGAAAAAAGCGUUUCCGAGAAGGCCUCGCACAGAUCGCCAAGCGAACUUCGCCUCACGGGAACUUUCGGGUGGGGCGAGAAGAAGGUGCUCGAGAACAUCGAUGUCCACGUUCCAGUCGGGAAGGCGACUGCCGUGGUCGGUCGCGUGGGCUGUGGAAAAACGACUUUCCUUGCCUCGCUCCUAGGAGAGGCCACUGAGACAGGUGACUGCACGCGGACGGAACUCGAUGGCCCUGCCGCGUUCUGCUCGCAAGCGCCCUGGCUGCGCUCUACCCUCUCUAUCGAGCAGAACAUUCUCUUCUCUUCUCCGAUGGAUCGCGCGUGGUUCAACACUGUGGUUCACGCAUGCGCGCUCGAUAUAGACUUUGGUGCCGGCGCACUCGACAGUAGGGUUGCGAAGGGGUUGAGUGGCGGCCAGAAAGCACGCAUCGCCCUUGCUCGUGCGAUGUACUCCAGGUGCGACACAUAUCUCCUAGACGACGUGUUCGCGGCUUUGGAUGCCACGACUUCGAUCGCUGUGUUCGAAAGCCUCCUUGGUCGUAACGGCUUGCUCAAGGGUCGAACGGUCGUGCUCACAACCAACAAGGUUUCUCACCUACAGCAUAUGGACAAGAUCAUCAUGCUCGGCGAUGGCGGUGUGCUCGAACAAGGAUCCUUCGAGCAGCUCUCCGUCGCCGAUGGUCCCACUGGCACUCUCAUCCGCGAUCAUUCCUCAACUUCAGCCGGCACCGUGGACGACGCCCCUCAAGCUGUCACCUUUGACGACACCAUCGACGACAUGGACAAGGCCGACGCUGAGCAAGAGGAGAUCGACGCGAUUCAGCAUGGCUCCUCUGGCUUCGGUGCCUACCUCCACUACUUCGCCGGCGCGGGGUACUCCUCGAUGCUCAUCUACGCCAUCUUCCUUUUCGUCACCGUCGGCAUUCAGAUCGUCACUCCUGUAUACCUCCAGCUUUGGGCCGCGGCAAACGACAGUGGAGCCGUGUCCACGUCAUCAGUCUUGGGCAAGUACCUCGGUGGUUACGCGGCGAUCGAAGUCGCAUACACGAUCGCCUUCUCCACCGUUUUCUACUUCUUCGUGAUGCGCAUCGUCUCCGGGGCGUCAACAGCGCUGCACCGCGACGCCUUUGCGGCAGUGAUGGCUGCGCCGAUGUCGUUCUUCGGGGGCACAUCCGUCGGCAAGGUCGUGAGCCGAUUCAGCCAGGAUACUUUCAUCGUCGACUUCGAGUUCCCGCUCGCGAUGCACGACUUCGGGUAUGAAUCCACGCGCAUGGUCGGCAGCGCGAUCCUUAUGAUCGUCUCCGUGCCGUAUCUCGCCAUCGUCGUUGCUGCCAUGCUCGUGCUCGUUUAUGUUAUCCAAAAGUUCUACCUCGCUACCUCCCGGCAACUCCGCCGCCUCGACCUCGCCAGCAAGGGCCCCCUCUACACCCUCUUCUCCGAAACCGUCGAGCUCAACGGCCUCCUCACGAUCCGCGCCGCGCACAAGUCCGCCGACUACGCCGCCGCGAACUCCCGGCUCCUCGCGCGCUCCCAGGGCCCGUUCUACCUCACCAACGUCGCGCGCCUCUGGCUUGCGACCACCGUCGGUGUGCUCACCGCGGCCGUCAACACCGCGUUCGUGCUCAUCGCCGUCGCCCAGCGCGCGUCCACCUCCGCUGGCCUCUUCUCCGUCGGGCUCUCCCAGGCGGUCUCCCUCCAGGACAUCAUCUCGCUCGUGCUCACGAGCUGGACCCAGCUCGAGAUCGCCGCCGUCGCCGUCGAGCGCAACCUCGAGUACACGCGCGUCGCGCCGGAGGACGACGGCGCGCUCGUCCCCGCAGUCGAGGACAAGGGCGCCUGGCCGACGCACGGCGCGAUCGAGUUCCAGGACGUCGUGGCGCGGUACGCGGGCCAGACGGAGCCAGCGCUCAAGGGCAUUUCUCUGAGCGUCGAGGGGGGCUCGAACACGGGGCUGUGCGGACGCACCGGCUCGGGCAAGAGCACCGUGCUGCUCGCCAUCCUGCGCGCGCUCGAUGUCGACGGCGUCAUCUCUAUCGACGGCAAGGACACAAGAACGGUCUCGCGUCGGACCCUCCGACGGAACAUCACCGUCGUCCCCCAGGACCCGCUGGUCAUCGACGGCACCUUGCGCGAGAACGUCGACCUGAGCGGCACCAAGACCGAUGCCGAAGUCUGGGAGGCUCUCGAGCGCGCGCAGCUCAAGGACGUCGUCACCGCGUUCGACGAAAAGCUCGACCAGCCGCUCAGCGCGCGCGGGAACGAGCUCUCGAAAGGCCAGACGCAGCUGCUCGCGCUCGCCCGCGCGCUCCUCCGCCAGAACAAGGUCGUGCUGCUCGACGAGGCGACCGGCAACCUCGACGUCGAGACCGACAAGGCCGUGCAGGAGACCAUCCGCGCGGCGUUCAAGGACUGCACCGUGGUCACCGUCGCGCACCGGAUCGAGACGAUCGUCAACUACGACCAGAUCGCAGUGCUCGACGCGGGGAGUGUCGUCGAGGUCGGGAACCCGGCGCAGCUGCUGGACGCGGAAGGGUCCGCUUUCGCGCGACUCCGUAAUGAUUCGGUCAUGUAA